GCCUUCACCGUUUUGACGCCUUAGACGUUGAAAGAGGCGGCUGAGCUCUGCUUUACGCCGGCCCCGCCACUGUUCAGCUAAAAAGAACCCAACGACCCUCAACUCCUCCAUGAAUCGUUUUUGUCUCUGAUGUCACUUCUUCCCCACCUCCUCCUUUUCUUUCUUAUCCUCGCUUCACCUUCUCUUGCCCAGCUUAACUCCACCGCAUCAUGCCCCCUUAACUUCUCCAUCCUCAACCCCCUCGUCACCGCCUCCAAGGGCGCCACCGUCAGUCUCUAUGAAAAAUGCCGGAACAUUAUCCAGGGGUUGCGUCUCGUGAAGUCCUCUUACCUUCAGCUCACCAACUUAUUCGCCCCGCCGCUCAACUCGUCAGAGGCCUGCUGGCAAGCUUACCAGGAUCUCAUAGCGCCGAUCCUGCCUGAUUUUGAUAUCCGGAAAUCUUGUGGCUUCCAGACGGAUUGGAUCUCUGAGGGGUGUAUGAACAUCACCACCAAAUCCCAAUUCGAAGCCCAGGUUCCCAACUCUACCUUGCAAACAGUGUUUACGAAUUGUAAUCAGUCGCUGUUAAAUGGGUCGCCCUGUGCCUUGUGUACGCAGACGUUGGGGAGCUUGCAGGCGUCUUACUUGUUGGGUCAGUCGAUUGGGAAUCUCUCCGAUUGCACGGCAUAUCCUUCCAUUUACGCGGCGGGGAUUGUAAAUCACUUGGGGCCUACCGACAGAGGUACUGAGAUGUGUUUGUUUGGGUUUGAUUUCUCUGGUAAUAGCGGUGCUCGUAAGAACAAGAAUGUCGUGAUUUUGGUUGUUUUGAUUGUCGGUGGUGUUGGGUUGGUGGUGACCAUUGGUGGGGGUUGGUUUAUUUAUAGAAAGUAUAAGGAUUUAAAGAUUAAAAAGAUGAGACAUGAAGUCAGGAAUCUUGAGAUUGGAUUGGGGUCAAUUAGUGAGAGUACUACCUUAGUUAAAUUCACGUUUGAUGAGAUUAGGACGGCAACUAAGAAUUUCUCUAGGGACAGCAUAAUUGGGAGAGGAGGGUAUGGAAAUGUGUACAAGGGUGUCUUGCCAGAUGGCUCUGAGGUUGCAUUGAAGAGGUUCAAGAACUGUUCUGCAGCUGGAGAUGCAAAUUUUACCCAUGAAGUUGAGGUUAUUGCUAGCGUAAGACAUGUCAAUCUUGUUGCUUUGAGAGGGUAUUGUACUGCUACAACUCCGUUAGAGGGUCAUCAGAGGAUAAUAGUCUGUGACUUGAUGAAGAAUGGAAGUCUCCAUGACCAUUUAUUUGGAUCCAUGGAGGGGAGACUUAGUUGGCCCAUACGUCAACAGAUUGCACUAGGGACAGCAAGGGGGCUGGCCUAUUUGCAUUAUGGGGCACAACCAGCAAUCAUCCAUAGAGAUAUCAAAGCAAGCAAUAUACUUUUGGAUGAGAAAUUUGAGGCCAAGGUGGCUGACUUUGGACUUGCUAAGUUUACUCCUGAGGGGAUGACACAUUUGAGCACAAGGGUGGCUGGAACAAUGGGGUAUGUUGCUCCCGAGUAUGCAUUGUACGGGCAAUUGACUGAGCGUAGUGAUGUUUACAGCUUUGGUUGUGUUCUUCUUGAGUUGUUGAGUGGAAAGAAAGCUCUUGUCAUGAAUGAUGAGGGCCAACCUAAUCUUGUGACUGAUUGGGCAUGGUCAUUGGUAAGGAAAGGGAGAACUUUGGAGGUAAUCGAAGAUGGUAUGCCAGAGUUAGGUGCACCUGAAGUUCUUGAAAAGUAUGUGUUGGUUGCUGUUCUAUGCUCUCAUCCACAGUUGUAUGCUCGGCCAACCAUGGAUCAAGUUGUGAAGAUGUUGGAAACAGACUUGUCAGUUCCCUCAAUCCCAGAGAGACCAAUGCCUCUGGUAGCCGAGAUUGAUGACAUUGAGAGGUCUGUCAGUAGUUGUGGAUCAGGUCAGCUCUCGAGUCCUUCUGGGUACCAGGCAUUUAUGUUUGAUAAUGAUCAACCUUCUAGUAGCAAGGAAGGAGAGACAAGUUCAGGCUCUUGAAUAGAAGUGCUGUGAUGUACACAGCCUUAUAAUAGAGGAUUAUUUAAACUCUAAUGGUGCCUCCACUAAUUGGUAUGCUCUCCCCAUUUUAUCUAUUGCUCAGAUUUUCAUGCUUCCACAAUUCAGAAUAGUCUCUGUUGUUGUAAAGAUAAAAUAGAUGCAUGAUUAAGUUAAAUUCUUUUGAACUCAUAGAUCACCAAGAGCAACUGGUUACAUAUUUGUAAAUAUGAGUGAUGUAACGUAUUACAAUUUACAACUUUCUCUAUCAUGGCAAUGAUUUUGUACUAGGUAAAGUGGAAAUUGAUAAAAGUUUAGUUUUUUC